UGGGUGCUCAUGACUACUGUGGCUUGAGGACGUUUGCUGUUUGUCUAAUUCAUCUGGGCGGAGGGGUGGCAGGAAACAAACCAACCCCAGCGCUUCUGUGGCGGUGACGUCACUGCUCUCAGGUGUGGCACGGGGUGCGAACAGGCACAGGUAGCCUCCUCCAGACUAGUUCGGAACGCGUUAUUUUGGACCUAAAAAGACAUUUGUGCUAUGAUGGGCCGGAAGUAGGUUGGUUUAUUUUUACGCGGCAGUGGCAGGAAGGAAGUUUGCAAAGGAAAACAAAGAAUCCUCGCGGGCCUAUAAUUAUCUUCAAAAGUCGUCCAACUGGGACGUAAAGACGCAGCCGGUUGUCUUGUGGAGACAUGGAGGCUCAAUACUGAAGAAGACGGACCCGAAAAACAUCUUUAUAAAGCAGAAUGUACUAGUUUGUGGACGUUGUCACUCAUUAAGUAUCGGAUAGAUAUAUGUUUGGAAGCUACGCUGAGACUUCCGGUUGAAGGCUGAGCUCUACAGGUGCCGUGAUGGCGGACAUUGACCUUGAGCAGCGGGAGCCCUUCCCCGUGGACAGUGAUGAUGGGAACCAGUCCCACGCCAAAGAGGACCUCCCUGACGGGAGGCGCAAGUUGGGAUGCUGCGAGAAGUUUCAGCAGACCAUCUCCAGGUGGAUGCUUCCGGAAGACGCUCGCAGUACCUACCUGGAGAGGGCCAACUGCUGCCCGCCUCCCAUCUUCAUCAUUGUCGUCAGCGUGGUGGAGCUGGCCAUGUUCAUCUACUACGCCGUGUGGAAGCCUCAGAAGCAGUGGGUGACGCUGGAGGAAGGCAUCUGGAACAGCCACCUCACGUACAGACCCGAGUACAGGCAGGAAGCCUGGCGUUUUAUCUCAUACAUGUUUGUCCAUGCUGGCGUGGAGCACAUCAUGGGCAACCUGAUCAUGCAGCUCAUCCUUGGCAUCCCCUUAGAGCUGGUCCAUAAAGGAUUUGAAGUGGGCAUGGUCUACCUGGCGGGGGUCUUGGCAGGUUCUCUGGCCAGCUCCAUCUUUGAUCCCCUCAGUGCCUUGGUGGGGGCGUCCGGGGGGGUCUACGCCCUCAUAGGAGGCUACUUCAUGAACGCGGUGGUGAAUUUCCGAGAGAUGAUCCCUCUCCUCGGCGUGUUCCGUAUCCUCGCCAUCGUGAUCAUCGGUUUCAUUCGUGGCUCAUUUCGGAGGAAUCGUGGCCGGCAUGACCAUCGGCUACGUCUUCUUUAGCGACUACAACAAGAAGUUGCUGAAAGACCCCCGUUUCUGGAUCUGUAUAGUAGGCUACGCCGUUUUUUUCCUCUUUGCUGUUCUCUUCAACAUCUUUAUCUCGCCCGCCUCGUAGUGGCAAACAGUUGGACUUGCUUAUUUUUCAUGAAUCACUGGUUAAUUCCUUUCAGCAAUGUUUUUAUUGUUUGGCAUGAACGUGGUGGGGAAAAGCCCUCUGCUGGUGACAAGUAGUACUGAUGUAGAAAAGUGCUUUUUAAAAGUUAAUACCGGUAACUGGAAAAAAAUGUACCGCGGGUAGAUGUUUUUUUUAUGACUUGUGAUAAAUUUAUUGAUGCAUAUGUACUCAUUUUAUGUUAAAACUACAAAAAUGGCUGUUUGUCAACAUUAAUUGCAGGAAUUGUUUACAGUUCACAUAUUUUACAUAUGUAUUUGUGGAAAUGACUCUUUAAAAGUUGAUUCCCACCAUGUUGUGCAUCUCGGUGUUUUUAAUAUCUUUAGUUUUCAUGUUUUGUUGUCAUAUUAAAAGCGGAGUGUGUGAGUA